ACUAAUGUGCUGACUGCAGAAGUGCUGAGUAGGUACUUGAUUUGAACUUUAAAAUUUCUUCGGUGCCUUACAUUAAUAUUUAACGUUCAUAUAAAAAUAUUUAACAACUUAUAAACUUCAUAACUUUAAGAGCAACUUGCAGUCACAAUGGAAUCUGAAAAUCUGGCCAAACAAAUUGAAGAAGUUGAAGCUCUGACUUCUAUUUAUAGCGAAGAUUUUACGAUAGAUAGUGAAACACUUAGAACGUAUAGUAUUAAGAUAAAGGAGAAUAACAAUGAAGUUAUAUUGACUGUUACAAUGCCGGCAGAUUAUCCAGGGGAAGCACCGCCAAAAUAUGAAUUAUCUGCACCCUGGAUGGAUAGAAAAGCUAAAGAAAAUCUUAAACAAUGUUUAGAAGAAGUCUACUUAGAAAAUAUAGGUGAAACGGUACUAUUUCAGUGGGCUGAGAAAAUUCGUGAGAUGUUACAAAAAAUUAAAGUUGUUAAGCCUGAAAAAAAGGAGCAAGCUCCAGACAAAGUAGAUGAGACAUUGGAUUUAGCACAGCUAGAUUUAAAAUGUCCAGAAAUAACUCAUGGCAGUGUUAUUAUCGAUAGAAAAAGCUCAUUCCAGGGACACGCAGCAGAAGUACAUAGUGUUGAUGAUGUCACGGCAGUACUAUUCAAACUAAAGCAGAAUAAGAAGUUUCAACACGCGACACACAACAUGUACGCAUAUAGAAUAGAGAAACAAACGCCAAAGGGCACGACUAUGUUGCAAGAUUGUGAUGAUGAUGGAGAAACACAUGCGGGGGGGAGGAUGUUGCAUCUCUUGCAAAUUUUGGACCAGAAGAAUACUUUAGUUGUAGUGUCAAGAUGGUAUGGCGGCAUACAAUUAGGUCCAGAUAGAUUUAGACACAUUAACAAUGCAACCAGACAAGUGAUACAGGAAGCAGGAUUGUUGAAAAAAUGACAACAAAUCAUGACUAUUACUUUAAGUUAGAACUCAAUAAUCAAUGAUAUUAUAAGUAAAAAGGUGUAGAAAGGUUAAUAACGCUCUGGAGGUGGCAUGUCGGCUAGUUACUAAAUGGACCAAAACAGCAUCAUUUUUUUUUGUUUAAAAAAAAUACCAAUUUGCCGACACCUCAUUUCAACGUGUAACCUAUCUACAUAUUUAUACUAAUUAUAUGAACGACUUUAGGCUUUAUUAGCAUUAUGUAAAUAAUAUGUAAAUAGAAUGACUCAAAUUAAUAUAAUUAUGAAUGUAUAAACUCAAAUGAAUUGAAUUAAAAAUUGUGACAACUGAGCAAUCAUCGGAAUUAUUAAUCGAUUUAGCAAAAUAUAUUAUUCAAAUGAAGCUUGCUAAUAAAAUUUUGUAAAAUUUGGAAUAUUUUAUGAAUAUAACACAGGCAAAGUUUAACUAAAACUACAUAAGUUCCAGAUCUGACGAACAUUGUACUUAUUUGUGAUUAAGCAAUAAUGAAUUUUUAUUAAAAAUAAAUCUUGUUACUUUGUU